AUGUCAGAGACCUCGUACAGAGUUAACAGAGAGAUUAGGAUUAAACAAAUAGAGUCCCGGUUGACUGCGCUAGAAGAAGGAUGGAUUGAGCUGAUCCUGGAGUGCGCAGGAGGAGAACUAAACCCAACCCAGCUCAUUAAUAAGAGAAGAAUAGACAGAAAUACAGUUUACAAUAAAGAUAUUGAAGAAAACAGGUUAAGAGAACGGUUAAGGGUCUCGACAUCUCCAAUCGCGGAAAAAAGGCGAGAGCUCCUUGAUAUAUAUCUAACACAGGUUUUGGAUCACAUUAGACGUCAGAACUAGAAGAAUACAUCCAGCUCUGAGUUCAGUUUACAGCUGAAUA